GGGGGGCAGAAUAAAGAUCAUUGUGUGCAAACGGGAGGGCGAGUACAGGGCGGUAUAAGUGCCGCUAUCUAUGGCCAUGCCGGUCCCGCGAUCCCGCAUCUGUGUUCCUGCUCGUACCUAUGAGCUAUCCCAUUCUCCCGCCAACCGCCAGAGAGACGAGCUCUAACACGCGAGCCCUGUACACCGCCGCUCUUCACCCGGAGGGGUGGGAGCAAAUCUCCUCUCCUACCCGGGGCAGCCCCGAAGGAACGCGGGCGCCGACACCCUACCUACCCACCUACCCACCGGCCGGCGCCUGUCCCUCGGCGGAUCCCGACCAUGCGGCAUGUCCGUUCCCAGAUGAGAACGGAUCGUCGGCCGUUCCCACUCGUAGCGGGGCCACCGGCGCGGCAGUAAAGGUCUCCCCCCUCCCCUCCCCGGCCCGCUCCCGAAACUACCUAUCAGUAGGACCAGGUCGUCGCAACAAGUCGGCCGCCCCCACCCCUGCCUUUGCUUCCUCUCUUUCGUCGUUUUCGCACCUCCUCCUGCGCCCCCUAGGUGUCGUACACUUGAGCAACAUUAGGAAGCAAUACUUAAUAAUAAUAAUAAUAAAGAACCAGCCCGCGUCCCUCCACCAACGCACACGGCAGGACGCGGCGGACACCCCGACCUCGGGCCGCGAGCCGGAAGGACUACCUAGGAACGAAGAGAUCGUGGGGCGGGCAAGCGUCGGCAUCGCCGUCGCAGCUGGCAAGCCUCUCGGUCUAGCUGCUUCGAGUUCAGGCACCAGGAGGGAGGGAGGGCAGGCAGAGGAGAGUGGUGCGAGUCUUCAGCCGCAGGGCACGAGCCGCACCGGCAGCGCCGCCGUCGGCCGCCGGCCCCACCAGGCGGCUUGUCCGCGCAGGCUCGCCCCUGUGCCGUGCCGUACCGCGCCGCCGCCGUGACGUUGCGCAGGGGAAGGGGGUGCGAGCGGCCGGGAACAGCGCGCCGGCGGGGCGGAUGUGUGUAGGUAACCUACCUACGUACCUACGCCUAGGCUGGUAUCGCGGCUAGCCCCCUCCCCCAAGCCGGGAAAGCGGCUCCCGGAGAGGCGGAAGGGAAAGGGAGAAAGGAAGAGAGGGAGACGGAGACGGAGACGAGAGCCGUGACCGCAGAAGGUCGGGGGCAGAGGAGUGCGAAGAAAGAAAGAAGAAAGAAGAAGAAUGGCCCAAGACGCGCGCGCUCCUUCCCCUUCCUACCAUUACCGCUACCGCCGCUGUUCCUCUAUCGCCACGACCCGACCCCGUAACCUGACCGCUACAGUCCCUUUGGUCCCCUCCCCCCUUGGUCUGGGUACCGCGCCCCGAGAAGAGACGAGGGAAGAAAGCGAGGCGUUCUCAUCCUACCAGGCGCGGGACUUAUUGCUCUUACAGACAACGCGGAGACUCGCUUGGCCUCCCGGCGAAGAACAUAGGAACCAGAGUUCCCCUCUAUCUAGGAGAAUGUAUUUAUUACGUGCACGCGUAGGAGCGACGAGAGUCGGCAAAAGCACGCGAACGGU